ACCCAUUUGGCGGUGGCUGGCUGCUGAUCAAUCUGCUCUGCGAUGAAUAAUAUCUGAUUUGAAACCCGUUCUAAGCGCGAACAUGAUUCUCUUUCUGGUGUCGCUGCUGCUUUACCUACUGCCAUGCGGUUUUUUCCAACAUCAACAUUCGGAUAUAAUAACCUCUUGCAUGAGUAUUAAAAAGACCGUGUUCGAGACAACGAUAGACUAUAGUUUUCUGUUUCCCGGAGCACCUAUUCAGCAUCGGACUGUGGACAAUUGCCGCAGCUAUACGCCGUUGAUUGUGGGCGGGCAUCCCGCCAAUCCCAAGGAGUUUCCACAUAUGGCACGGCUCGGACGUCGCCAAGAGCUCGGCAGGAGGACUGAUUGGUUCUGCGGCGGCACACUGAUAAGUGAACGCUUCGUUCUAACCGCUGCACACUGCCUAGAAUCAGAACAGGGCGAGGUAAAUGUGGUUCGGUUGGGCGAGCUGGACUUUGACACUUUUGAGGAUGAUGCUGCUCCAAGGGACUACAAUGUGGCUACCUACAUAAUUCAUCCGAGCUAUGCGGAUCCACAGCUCUACCAUGACAUCGGACUGGUCAAGCUGGCAGAGGAUGUCAUAUUCGAUCUCUACAAGCAUCCUGCCUGCCUGCCGUUCGUCGAUGAGCGCUAUUUCAGUUCCUUCAUAGCCGUGGGCUGGGGCAGUACGGCCUUUGCCGUCAAACCAUCCACGAAGCUCCUCAAGGUGAAACUGGAUCGCUACGAGGAUUGGGUUUGCAAGAAAGUUCUCUCACGAAAACUUGAGGAGUAUCCCCACGGAUUCGAUGCCACCACUCAAGUGUGCGUGGGCUCCGAUAGGGCUCAGGACACCUGCAACGGAGACUCCGGUGGUCCUAUACUAAUGUACCAUCAGAACUAUCCAUGCCUGUAUCAUGUGAUGGGCAUCACUUCGGCGGGUCUGUCCUGUGGGACCCCAGGAGUUCCCGGCAUCUACACGCGCGUCUAUCGCUAUCUGGAUUGGAUCACACAUACGAUUGCCAAGUAUUGACUGUUGCUGUAUACAGUAGAAAUCUACCUCUGAUUAGAUUAGUUUGAUUGAUCUUAUAGUAAUUUGCUGUUAUACAUAUGUUAUGCGUGGGGCCGGAAACGGUUACUUGUGACUGUUACUACUACAAACUAUCGCCAAGUCACUGAAUGUAUUCCUUGCAUCCCUGAAACAUCGAUAACAACAAAAUGCUCGAUAGCCGCGCACUGUAACAUCGAUAGUUGUUUACCUUUUUUCUAACAAGAAACAUUUACAAAAUAAGCGAUCAUAGCAUAAAACAAUUAAUUUGUAGUGUCUAGAUAAAUGCAGGAGUGCAGGGUAAAUAAAAUGUAAGAGUGUGCG